AUGCCGACUAACCCGGGAGACGGUGAGUCCAGCGGACUCGCGAGCGUGAGCCAUCUUCCUUGGCAACAGAUUCCUCGUUUUCAGCCGGGGACGACCAACGUAGACGAGUACACUCAACGACUCCGUUUUCUUCGUGAUUUAUGGCCGGAGGACCAAUUGCACCUGUUGGCUCCAAGAGCCGCCUUGCAGGUGGAAGGAGUUGCUUUCCAGAAGAUCGCCAGGUUGGAUCCCGCCAAGCUGCGCAGCAAAGACGGCAUUAAACUGCUGGUUGAGACUUUGGGUGGCAGCUGGGGAAAGACCAAGGACGAGGAAAAGUACUUCUACUUUGAACAGGCCAUUUAUCAAACCAAUCAGAGGGUUGACGAGACAAACGACAGCUACAUUUCUCGGCACGACACCUUCUUCGAGGAGUUGUUGACAAGGAACGUGACGAUCAAUGAAAUCCGAGCUUACAUCCUUCUCCGAAACUCCCAGUUGUCGCCGGAGGACAAGAAGAGGGUCAUUGUGGAAUCCGCGGGCGACCUCAAGUAUGAACAGACGAUCAAAGCCAUCAGGCUCCUCGGCUCAAAGUUCUUUCAAGAGCUUCAAGGGCGGAACGCCUCCACAUCGGGAACGCAGGGUCGUGGAAUGGAACGCACAAAGGUGUACGACAUCCACAUGAACGAGGCGGAUGAGACCGAGGAUGUGCAGAUGGCGGCCUCGAGCGGGUCACCAGAAGAUGAGCCAACCGACCUUUGCUUCUAUCUGGAAAACCAGGACGAAGACGCCAUCUAUGCGAGGCGUACGCCUGACGCCGUGAUUCUGGUGGACGAUGACGCCAUGCCGCGAUUCGGAGCGUAG